AUGGUCUCCCCCGCCCUCUCGUCCCGAGCCGCCGUGCGCUCUGUGGCUUCUGUGACGCGCUCCUCCCCCGCAGUUGCCCGCGCUGCUGUGGCUUUCGCUCCUCGUACCCCCGCUUCUCUCAGUAGCCGUCGCGCUCUCUGCUCCAUUACCCGACCCCAGCAGUUUCCUCGUCUCCAGUCCUUCAACAACCUUUCCAAGAGAACCUUUGCUACUACCGGCAGAAUGGCUGCUGAAACUCGGACAGAAAGCGAUGCUUUCGGUGAGAUCCAGGUCCCAGCGGACAAGUACUGGGGUGCCCAGACCCAGCGCUCCCUGGGCAACUUCGAUAUCAACCAGCCCCAGGACCGUAUGCCCGAGGCCGUCAUCAAGGCUUUUGGUAUCCUGAAGUGCGCUGCUGCUACCGUUAACAUGAAGUUUGGCCUUGACCCCAAGGUUGGUGAGGCUAUCAAGCAGGCCGCCACUGAGGUUGCGGAGGGCAAGUUGCUGGACCACUUCCCUCUUGUCGUCUGGCAGACUGGUUCUGGCACCCAGUCCAACAUGAACUCUAACGAGGUCAUCUCGAACCGUGCCAUUGAAAUCCUCGGUGGCACCAUGGGUACCAAGAAGCCCGUCCACCCCAACGACCACGUCAACAUGUCGGCCUCUUCCAACGACUCUUUCCCCACUGCCAUGCACAUUGCUGCCGUUGUCGAGCUCGAGAACACCCUUCUGCCCUCUUUGAGAAGCCUGCGCAACGCCCUUCAGGAGAAGGUCGAGAAGUUCAACAACAUCAUCAAGAUCGGUCGUACCCACUUGCAGGACGCUACUCCCUUGACUCUUGGUCAGGAAUUCUCCGGCUACGUUGCUCAGCUCGACCGCAAUAUUGAGCGCGUUGAGGCCAGCAUUCCCCACCUCCGCUACCUCGCCCAGGGUGGUACUGCUGUCGGUACCGGUCUGAACACUUUCAAGGGCUUCGACGAGGCUAUCGCCGCUGAGGUUUCCAAGCUCACCGGCACCGAGUUCAAGACCGCCCCCAACAAGUUCGAGGUUCUUGCUGCCCACGACGCGGUCGUCGAGGCCUCCGGUUCUCUCAACACUCUUGCUGGUUCGCUGUUCAAGAUUGCUCAGGACGUCCGUUACCUCGGAUCCGGUCCCCGCUGUGGUCUGAACGAACUGCUUCUCCCCGAGAACGAGCCUGGCUCGUCGAUCAUGCCUGGCAAGGUUAACCCUACCCAGUGCGAGUCCCUCACCAUGGUCUGCUCCCAGGUUAUGGGUAACCACGUCGCCGCCACCAUUGGUGGUAUGAACGGUCAGUUCGAACUCAACGUGUUCAAGCCUUCCAUCAUCCGCAACCUGCUCCACAGCGUGCGCAUCUUGGCCGAUGGCAUGGCCAGCUUCGAGAAGAACCUGGUUCACGGUCUCCAGGCUAACGAGGAGAGAAUCAGUACUCUCCUCCACGAGAGUCUGAUGCUUGUUACCUGCUUGAACCCCGUUAUCGGUUACGACAUGGCCUCCAAGGUGGCCAAGAACGCCCACAAGAAGGGCAUCACUCUCAAGGAGAGUGCUAUGGAGCUCAAGGCUCUGUCAGAAGAGGACUUUGAGAAAUACGUCCGCCCCGAGCUGAUGUUGGCCCCCAAGGAGAAGAAAUAA